AUGGCGACGCAGCUGGUUGCGCUGCCAGAGGUGGAAAGGCUGAGUGCCUCUGUGGUGAGGAUCUUGGGUGGGAAUCCGGGGAAGUUCACAUUACAAGGCACAAACACGUACCUUGUUGGCCGUGGCCCUCAGCGACUGCUAAUCGACACAGGCCAGGGAUUCCCUAGUUGGGCGAAUUCGCUACAAUCCGUCCUGCUGGAGGAGAAGGCGACGGUGCAAAAGGCCCUCAUCACGCAUUGGCAUCAUGAUCAUGUCAAGGGUAUUCCGGAUCUUCUGAAGAUCUGUCCACAAGCCACGGUGUACAAGCACCAGCCGGACGAAGGACAGACCGACAUCGAAGACGGUCAGGUCUUCCAGGUCGAGGGAGCGACUGUGAGAGCUUUUCAUACUCCAGGACAUACGGUGGAUCAUAUGGCGUUUAUCCUGGAAGAGGAGGAUGCCAUCUUUAGUGGAGAUAAUGUUCUGGGCCAUGGCACUGCGGUCUUUGAGGACCUAAAGGUCUAUCUUGCCAGUUUACACAAGAUGCAGAACCGUGUCUCGGGACGGGCGUACCCUGGACACGGUGCCGUGAUCGAAAAGGCCAGCACCAAGAUCACCGACUACAUCCGACAUCGACAGCAGCGCGAGGAGGAAGUCCUGCGGGUGCUCCGGACCGGGUCCGUGGAGGCGGAUGCGACGGAGUCGAGCACAUCUCAAGCGUCGUGGACUCCGCUCGAGUUGGUCAGGGUGAUCUAUCGGGAUGUCCCGGAAAGCCUGCAUGUGCCGGCGUCGCAUGGGGUGCAGCAGAUUCUGCUGAAACUGGAGAAUGAGGGUAAAGUCGAGCAUCAUGCGGAGUCGGGGGGAUGGAGUCUGAGCAAUAAUGGCCGGCCGGCUCUUUGA